UCGUUGCAGUGAAAUGUCGUUUAGCAAGAAAACUAUUAAUAUUAUUAUUGGACUCAUCGUGAUGGGCUUGAGCCUGUCCACAUGUCUAUUAUCGUAUCGUAAUCAGAGAGAAUAUCUUGAUGUUUUGCGACCAUUACAAAUUUUUGCCACUGCAAUUAUGAUAUAUGGAAUUCUUAAGGCUCAUCCGGCUCAUAUGCCCAAGAUGCUGCUCUUCUGGUUGGCCGCAUCGUCGAUAUUCUGUACCAUUCUGAUUUACGUUUGUCUUGACUACAUAACCAACUAUAAUUAUAGAUAUUAUAGAACUGAAUGGUAUAUUGGUACUGUAGCGCCUCUUUUGGCUGCUGCUGGUGUAGCAUACAUGAUGAACAAAAUUUAUGAAGAGUAUGUUGAGCUCACUCUAGGUGCAGAUGAACCCGUUAAAGUCAAUCAACCACCCAAAUAUGAUCAGACCUUGAACAAUUUUGUUAUCUCAUCAAACGUUUAAAUUGAAUUUCGACCAAAUUCUUGGAAUAUUUAACUCGAAAUAACUUUGCAUCCGCUUCAAUUCAGAAUAGAAAGGCACCAAUUUUCAUUGAAUUGUGAAAUAGAAAAGUUGCAUGCUACUUUUUUAAAUGCGCACAUUAAACUUUAAAGCUUUGAAAUGAAGGUUUAACAUGCACAUUAAAGUGUUAGUAAUCGAUCAAUUUUUACAUUACUCUAUCAACAUAGAAAAUUUGUAUUCCGCUUUAUUUAAUUGUGAACAAAUUCUUCGAAAUAAAAUUACAUUUGCUUCAUUUCGGAGAAAAAAGAAA